AGCUUAAAGUCAAAAUUAUACGAUCGUUUUCGGUUUCGCUUACGGAAGGUUUCAAUUUUACUGUAUGGUACAUAAAUUCACGGUUAUAGUUUAGGCAAACAUUGCAAAACACAAAAUUAUAUACGAAAUCGAUUCUAAAUUAAAAAAAAACGGCGAUGUGGCUUAAGUUACUUGCCCUCGAUCCUUUUUGCGUGGAAACAAGGUGAAAAUCAGGCGUACAGGACGGAGGCAUAUGUUAACUCGCUUGUCAGGGCAAAGGAUAAAACUACCGAAGUAUGUUUUAAAUCACAUGCAAGCUCCGCAAGUAGGUGAAUGCUUUUCGAAUGCCAUUUGUGAGUUUUAGAUAUUGGAAGGAUGACGAGGUGUUGUUUUUUUCUUUUUUGGUUUAAUCAAAAUUUAUAACAUUAAUAACCGUUUCGGCAGUAUAAGGAAUGCGUAUAAAUUCGGUGAAAAAUAGGGAAGGGGUAGCAAUAGGCAUAGGAGCCAACAGCUCUAUCAGAGAAGAAUCAUUAAUGUCGUGCAGCUUACGCAUCGUACAUGCUUUCGAGGGUCUAUUUAUGGGAGCGAAAAGUAACAAACAAAUAGUGCGCUGGUGAACUAGGAAGUCAUCUACAUUCUUUCUUUUCUAUAGUAUUUCUUUACGCCAACAAGCAAUUGGAAUGUUAUGUUUUCUCGUUCAUUACUCUCCUUCCUAGGUUUAGUGCGUGUGAAUGAGUGAGAAUGUUUGUGCAUUAAGAGUAUGGUACACGGUUAAGGUUUAUUUAUUACUAUUUUGUCGACAAAUAUAACAGACGCGAUAAGGAACUCUUAGUAAAGACUCGGUGCCGCGUGGUCCAUCGUCUAGAGUAGCCUAGCUGGUGGAUCUAGAGCCCAGCCGCGAUUGCGAUUGGUUCGCACGGAGAUCGCGUAUUCCACUGGAUAACAGCUCAUGCAACAUUACGCCGCAAACCCCGUAGUAAACUAUACAACGAACGACGAUUUCAGUCGUUACAGUAUACCGUCGAGUGUCGAAUAAAAUGCGCUGGGUAUUGUUUAAUGCAAAACUUAAAUAGAAUGUUGUACUUUUA